AUGUCACAAGCAAGUAAAAAAUUAGGAGGCAGACCACCUUCGGACCUUUGGAAUACUCAUAUUAAAAAAGGAAAAGAAGUUUCCAAAGGGCAUUAUGAAGGAAUUUGCAAUUAUUGUCCUUAUUCUAAACAUAAAGGUUCUCCUCAAGACUUUGAAGAACAUUUAGCAAAUAAUUGUCCUAAUGUUCCAAGUGAUAUUAGACAAACUUAUUUAAACAAAGUUUUAACAAGAUCUAAAAACUCAAAAGAAAUAUCAAUUAAAAAAAUUUAUCAAACAAAAAUGUCUGAUUUUAAUGAAAGUUCCAAACUUACAAUAGAAAGAACUAAUGAAAUUAAUAAAGCUUGUAUUAAAGCUUUUGUUAUAUGUGGUAUAUCUUGGAGAACAAUUAAUAAUCCAUUUUUUAUUGAUUUUUUAAAAACAUUACGACCAGGGUAUAUAUCUCCUUCUUAUGAAGUUCUUUCAGGUCGCCUUUUUGCUCAAGAAGUAUCUGCAAUAAAUGUUAAAAUUAUUCAAAAAUUAGAUUAUUCUAAUAAUUUAACAUUAGGUGCAAAAUUAAAAGAAGAAGCAAAAAAGCUAAAUAUUUCUGGUGGAGGAUUAAAACAUUAUAUUAAUACAAGAUGGUAUACUAUGUAUGAUUGUGUUAAUUCUAUUUUUAAUUAUAAAGAAGCAUUAGAAAAUCUUAAAUAUAAUUCUUCAGAUAUACUUUCACCUGCUAUUCUUUCUAUUUUAAGAUCUUAUGCUUUUUUUGAUAAUAUUCGCAUAUUAUCAUAUAUAUUAUAUCCUGUUAAAAAAGCAAUUAUAACUUUACAAUCACAAUUUUGUUCUCUUGCUGAUUGUUUUUGUGAACUUAUUCAUCUUGGAGCAGCAAUUAAUAAGCUUAAUUUUAAUAGUAAUAUAUUUCAUAAUCAAUAUAUUGCUAUUUUUAACAAAAGAUAUAAUGAAUUUGAUAGUGCUAUAUAUUUGUUAUGUUUUUUUUUACAUCCUAAAUAUAAUGAAGCAUAUUGGGAACGUGGAGCUCUUAGAAAUAUUUUAUUAUUAGCUAAUGAAAUUUUUAGUAUAAUGAAUAAAUCAGAUAUUGCAAGAAAAGAAUUACUAUAUCAAAUGAAAUUUAUUGAAAAAACAAGUGAUGAGGUAUAUGAAAUUUUAGUUAAUGAAAAUUUGGAUUUAGAUGAAGAUUUUAUUGAAAUUACUGAAGAUACUAUAAAUGAAGAAGUUGAGGAAGAUAAAAUAUUUGAUGAAGAAGAUAAUUUAUUAAUUAGCAAUACUAUAAAUUUAAAUAAAUUUUGUAGUGAUUUAGAAGAAUUAGAAUUUAGUAUGGAUGAGGAUUAUAAUGAUAAUGAAUAUUAUAGUGAAACAGAAACUAUAAAUAAUCAAAUUCAAGAAAAUAUUGAAUGGGAUCCAAUUGCGGAAAUAGAUAAAAUUGUAGAAGAUUUAUAA